AUGGGAGGGAAGGCGUCUCUGACGGACCUAGGGCUUGAACUGUGGAUUCUCGUCUACCAUCUGUAUCGCAAAUACGGAAGUGAUCCAGAGGCGGCAUUUUGUGAGUUGGCGCUUCGUACCCGCUGUGUGCGCAGGGGCGACGACGUCCGUGUCGCCCGAAGCCCAUCUUUGCUGCAGAACACGCAGUGGUAUCGGGAACUGACCACCCGCUAUGCCGCUUUGCGGCAGCGCCUGAAGGAGUCUCAAGCAGGGGCGUUGCAGGAGGCGGAGGAGGUGACACGUAGUUUGUACUCCGCCGGGUGUAAGCUGAAGGAAUACGCGGAUGCACUUCAAACUUGCGCCGCGAUGCUUACCGUCUCCAUACCAACUCAGGCAAUUUUGAGGUUUGCGGAAUACCGCGUGCAGGAGCUUGCAUCGCGAGCUGUGGUCACAGUUACCGUUGACGAACUCGUCAACGACCUCAUAGAGCGCCUACUGCUUGACGCCAUGACGCCGUCGCAGUGGUGGAGGGCGGACCCCAAGGGCGACGAUCCCGUGUCGCUAAAGAGCGUCGGGCUCCGCGCCCAGCCGGCAGAAAUACAUGUUCUCUGCACGUGUUCUGGAAAACCCCGCUGCUACCGCAUUCACCUCGAGGGCGUUCUCCACGACAGCGGGCCGACUGCACCGCUCGCCAAGCGUCUCGCACGUGCCCAUGGCACCUUGGUCAGCGAAGAACGAUUUCGCGCCUACCUUGUGCGUCUUCAGGGCCUCAUGCGGCGCGUCGUAGAGAAGCACGACAUCAGCCACAGCACAAAUGGCGUGACGCAUGAAGUUCCCCAUGAACAUGACAACCCGCAGCAACAGCAAACAUCAUUCGUGUCCGCUGCGGCAGUAGACUUGGAUAGCGGGGCGAAGCCUUUGAGUGGCGCGAACAAGGCCGACGUAGGUCUCCUUUACCGGGACCCUGAGUCGGCUCUGGACAACGUGGACCUCAACGACGCCGACGAUGUCACUCUGCAGGAGUUCAAAGCAAAAAUGGAGGAGAGGUUUCUGGAAAACAUACUACGACCCGGCGAUCCCGGCUACGAGUACGACAAGCGUGUUGAGGUGAAGCCGACGCAGCGUAGCGAGUGGGACGACUCCGACUGA